UCCGCAUUGCGUAAUAAAUACCCCGGCGUUGUUAGUUUUACGCCAAGUCUCGAGUGAAUAACUGAAGAGUACCGGAAUGUUCCCCCUAAUCCAUUCGGAUCGCGCCGGAUCCGUGUCCAGGAGGUUACCAUAGUUUAAGCGUUCCCGCCAAGGCGCCAACCCUAAUUUCCAUCAUCCUUCGCGCGGCUCCCGGAGUUCAGUUAAUGGAGUUUACGUUGAGUGAUAACGCUCUGAGAACCUUUGCUCGUUGCAUCACUUGUCUUGCCCGCAUCGGAAACGAGCUUUCUAUUCAAGCCUCUUCCUCUCAGCUUGUUUUCCACGCUCUCAAUUCAUCGCGAUCUGCGUAUCAAUCCAUUACAUUCAAACCUGGCUUCUUUGAUGUAUAUACAGUGUCUGGAAACCUGGCGCAAUUUAGUGUACUUUUGAAGGCUAUUUGUUCAGUUUUCAGGACCCCUAUUACAAAUAUUGAUCGUUUGACUGUGAGACUGCCUGGUCCUGAUGCUUCUAAAGUCCAGUGGAUCUUGGAAUGCUGCAAUGGUACGAGGAAAACUUAUUGGAUUACAUGCAAUACCGAAUCUGACAUACAGCACUUAUCCCUUGAUAGGCAAAAGUUCCCCAGUAACUUUGUUGUGAGGCCUCCAGUUCUCAAUAGGUUACUUGCUAAUUUUCAGUCAUCUCUCCAAGAGAUUACCAUCAUUGCAACAGAACCUUCCUCGUUACCUUCCGAUGCUGCAAAUGAGACUGGUGGAAAGGCUGUUGAACUUCGGAGUUAUUUGGACCCAACCAAAGAUAAUGACUCAUUGCUACACACCCAGUUGUGGAUUGAUCCAAAAGAGGAGUUUCUACAGUAUAUUCAUAAUGGAGACCCUGUUGAUGUGACUUUCAGUGUAAAAGAACUGAAGGCAUUUCUUUCGUUCUGUGAAGGCUGUGAAGUUGACAUCCAUUUACAUUUUGAGAAAGCUGGAGAGCCUGUUCUAAUGGCACCUAAAUUUGGUUUGGAAGAUGGGCCUGAUUCAAAUUUUGAUGUCACACUUGUAUUGGCAACCAUGUUGAUAUCUCAGCUGCAUGAAGGUGCCGCAGAACUUCCAGAGGCAUCUACAAGAAUUCAUGCUCAAACUGAAAAGGGUGGAUCCGUGCGACAAGAGAAUUGCAAAACGAAUGUAUCUGAGCUUCCAUCUGAUCACACUCGUAUAUGGUCUGACCUAUCGGGAAGUGCAACUAAAAAUACCAGUGGUAUAGAAGAAAGACUGGCACAAAGAGAGAACAUUUUGAAUGAUAAUGAACUGAGGGAAAUUCAAAGGAUUGUCACAAUGCAAAUUUCAGGAGUAGCAUCGGUUGCAAGAAAUAAUUUUGUUGAGAACAAUUCUUGCCAUCCAACUGAGAAAGAUCGUAUUCAGGAACCUCAAGAUGGGAUACAAGGCAAUGGUCAAGGCUCUCAGCAUCACCCUAGUAACUGGGUAGAAUCUGAAGAGGGCGAUGAUGAUGGGGAUGAGAACGAGCAGUAUGUUCAGUCGACACCACCGUACUAUGAGGAAUCAUAAUAUCGAGAGGAGUCUCUUAAUAGUUUUCUUUCCUCUGUGGGAUUAUCGAAUCUGGCGCUUGCUGCUUGUGGGCUCUGGUAUCUUCACCGUCACUGUCAUGGAUUGGAAAUGAGCACAAGGCAUCCUUCUUGCAGCUUGUUAAAUCAUGGGCUUCUGGGUGGCUGGAGACUUGUGGUAAAAGAUGGAAUUGUAUUGAAAUUACCGGACAUCCGCCUGUCUUUCUAGUACAUGAAUUUUUAUAAAUCUUGAGGCAUUUUUCAAAA